UCGGUGAAUUGACUGUUCACUGUAAAAUUCCGAACAAUAUUGUACUUGGUAUGGAAAAUCUAACUCUAGACCCUGAUAAACAGCUAUUGUUAAUCAAUCUCAAACAUUCCAAGACUGACCAGGUAGGAAAAGGUACCAUUUUGCAAAUUGGUAAAUCUGAGGGAGUUGGGUGUCCAUUCAAGCUUGUUGAGAAAUAUUUAAGUGUUCGCCCGUUGACUGCAGGGCCUCUUUUUUGUCACUUUGAUAAGACCCCGCUCACAAGAUACCAGUUUACGGCAGUACUCUCAAAAGCAAUAGUUCGUCUUAAGUUACCGGAGAACACAAGAUACAAAUCUCAUUCUUUUCGGAUUGGAGCUAGCACUGAAUUGGCAUUGCAAGGUUUUUCUGCGGAAACAAUUCAGAAAUGUGGAAGAUGGAAAUCUUCGUGUUACAAGUCAUACAUUCGCAUACCAAAAUUCUAACUCAUAGGCUUUGCUUAUCUAUUGUAGACAAAGAAAAAGUGUGGUUAGUGGGGUCCUCAAUACUGAAGCAUGCUCAAUUAGAAGCAUUUUUAAGGCCUGGAGGUCUUCACCUGAACCUGAAAAGGCUAAAUAUUUCAUUAUGGUGGCAGGGGUACAGUGGCCUGAAAUUGUCUCAAGUAGAGCAGAAGCUUAAAACCCUUGCAAAGGUGGGUCCUGCACCAAAUGUCAUUUUAAUACACUGUGGGGGAAAUGACUUAGGGGAGACAUCUAUUAGAAAGCUCAGGCUAGUUUGCAUGAAGCUUUUUCAAUUUAUUCAAACCAACUUCCCACAUUCUAAGGUCAUUUGGUCUUGCAUCCUUCCACGCAUACAAUGGCGUUAUUCUCAAAACUCUCGUGCUAUGGAAUCACAACGUAAACGCCUUAAUUCUUGUGCAUCCAGGUUAGCCUUGCGGUAUGACGGCGCAAUUAUCCGCCAUCCUGAUAUAAAGCAUGACUCCUUGUUCUUCUGUGAUGGAGUACACUUGUCAAUUCUGCAGGAUGCUGUUUUUUGCGAAACUAUGCAGUAA